UAAAGCUUGAACAAUUCUUAUGACGAUUUUAUCAAAGUCAACGUGUUAUAACAUCAUCAUACAAGCUGGAAAUAAAUUUGAAUACUUCAAGUUUCUUCUUAUAGAUGGACACAUUCUCUGUUACGAAAAAGAUAUACAUCCGAAGGAAAGAAUAUUUGGCAAAUCAUUAUUGGUGAAAACAGAAUAUCAAAGAAAGGUUGACUUGACUUCGCUGGCUGUAAUAGUAUUCGUACAUGGUAGAAGUGCAGAUCAUGUCAUCUAUCUUAUUGAGAGGGCAUACACGCCGAAGAACAAGUCAGAGACAUGGAGUGCAACAAAUUUUGACAAAAUUGUUAUUCACCCUCUUUGCGAAAAAGGAAAAAGCUUCGUGAUCAUGAGGUACGACGUCUUUCUGAGUUUCAGUGGGGAGUACAUUCGCAAAACGUUUCUCAGCCACCUUCUCUGUUCGUUGGACAGAAAAGGCAUCAGAGCAGCUACAUCCGCAGAAAGUUAUCCCAUGUACAAUCAGGCUAUCGAGCAGUGUCUAGUGGCGAUCUCCCUGAUAUCAGAGAACUACACAUCUUUGGACUUGUGGGUGGACGAACUGGCCAAGAUAAUAAAGUGUGCAGAGGACAGAAAUUUGACAGCAUUUCCUGUCUUCUUACAAGUUCAUCCGUCGGAUGUGUUAAGAGUUGUAAGUCUUGCAGAAGACUUCGCAGACCGAAAUGGACCGCGGAUCAUAAUCCUGGAGACGGUGAAGAACUGGCUAUGCGAUCACCUGAUCCGUAAUUCUGGCUUCGACUCCCGCCAUUGGGAGGAUGACUCAAAGCUGGUAGAUAAAAUUACUAAUUUCGUUGCAGACACUUUGAUGUCUUCUAACAUAAGCUCUCCAAGUCCUAGCCUAAAGUGGGCUACUCCCAAGCUACCGAGUAGCUCAGGUAGAUUAAAAGACAUUGGCACUAAGAAGAAAGGAUUUGUGCAUCACAGCAAACUUUCUGGGGCUACUGAGUUGCCCAAGUACAAAGCCACUAAGAAGAAAGCAUUCGCACAUCACAGCAAACCUUUUGAGGGUAUGGAUUCGCCGACUUACUGCUUGAAGCGUCCCGCAGAAGAGGUGUGUGAGUUGUUAUGCGCAUAUUCUACAAAAGAAAUUGGUAUUCAUGGAAUGGAAGGAGUCGGGAAGACAAUUCUUGCCAAGUACAUUUAUGAAGUGAUCUCUCCACAAUUUCAGCACCAUAUUUUCAUGGAUGACUUGACCAAACAAGAGAGCAGCUCCACACCCAGUUUGCUAGAAAUUUUUACCACUAAAACUAGUUUCAAUGGGAGCAAUGUCAUUAAAGAAUUGGUGGGUCAAAGAAAAAUUCUAGUUGUUGGUGACAGUGUGGAUGACAUUAAACAGCUACAAGGUAUUAUAAAGGUCAGUUUGGUCCGGGAAGUCGGGUUAUCGUAAUCACUCAAGACAGGUCUUUGCUAGUUCAAUGCGGGGUGAAACAUAUUUACGAAGUUAUGUGUCCGGGAUAUGACGAAGCUAUUCAUAUUUUCUCACACUUUGCUUUCAAGCAAAGAGAACCUGUUUCUGGUUUUGAAGGGCUCACAGGUCGUGCUGUCGAGGUUGCGGGUCGUAUUCCUCUGGCCCUCAAAGUGUUGGGAUCGUUUCUGCACGGUAGGAAUAUUGGUGAAUGGGAAAGUACAUUAAUGCGCAGGCUUGAGUUAUCACAUGAUAACUUCACUUCAGAGAUUCCUAGGUAUGUGAGUGCAGAUGACUUCACUUCUAGACGUCCAAUCAUAGUUGAGCCACCAAUUGGCGCAGAUGAGGCAAAUCGCUUCCCAUCAUACUGUUUCACUCUUAAUUAAAAAUAAUCAUUGAUCUAGUUCAUAAUUCACGUUUGCUUGUAUAUAGUUUUAGUAAUGUUACGCAAUUACGUAACAUGUUCGUCUGAAUAAAUAACCUGAAAAGCGACGUCAAGGAUUAUCAGAAUGUUCGUUUUGUUUU